AUGCGGCUGCCCAACCUGGAGCACCUUCCAGGUGGCCUUCAGGAAAAGAGGCUACUGGCAAUGGACCACUGGUCGACUCUUCCGUGCGUUGUGGGGGAGUGGAGUCACUGGAGUGGCUGCGCAGAACAAUGUCAACCCGAUCUGCGGAUACGUAGGCGCUACGUACAACAGGAACCUAAAAAUGGUGGGGAACCUUGUCCUGCUCUAGAGGAGAAGGCUGGCUGCCUGGAAUACCUGACUUUCCAGGGAGAGGACUGUGGCCAUGAACACGUCCCUGCUUUCAUAACUACCUCUGAAUACGGUAAAGAAAGAAAACGACGAGCAGCGUCUUCUCUCUGGCCUUCAAACAAAGAAGCAGCUGGAUACUGUGUGGAAUUUAAAACAGAAUCACUUUCACACCACUGUGCUUUGGAGAAUCGGCCGUACGCUCGAUGGAUGCAGUACCUACGAGAAGGACAUACCGUGUGUGUAGCUUGCCAGCCUCCAGCGAUGAAUACUGACACGCAUCGCUGUUCUGGAGAUGGCCAUAAUGCAGAUGGAGGUAAAAUCUUACACUGGGAAGCAGUUGGCAACUCUCAGUGCAAAGGAACCUGGAAGAAGAUUCGGCAACUGGAACACUGUUCGUGUCCCCUUGUGCAUAGCUUUAUUUUUACAUAAAAGUUUAAAAGACCUUUAAAACAGCAACAACAAAAAGAUUAAGAAAAUUAACACCAAAGUCAAGAAACCUACAUCUUUCUGCUGCAUUUUCUGGAUCUAAACAAACUUGAAAGGAGUCAGAACUUUGGAAGAAGCAUUUUGGGAAACCCUCUCUGCUUUAAUACAAAACACUAAGACUGAUCUUUGUAUUAGAACACUAGAAGUAUGUUUCCACAUUUCUCUUUUGUAAUUAAAGAGCUAAUGUUUC